AUGCUAUUGUCUAUGCCCUAAAACUGAAAACUGUCAAAUAGUUGAAAGUAACCUGAUCAUUUCUAUCUAGUAUUUUAAUUAUAUCAAAAUAAUCAAACAGUUAAUCUACAUUUACAGUAUUGAUUUAUUUUAAGCGUGUAAGCUUACACCGAAAGAGUCAUGUCGGAACACAGUGUAGCCGCUGGAUCUCCCGCCGCCUCCGCUACUGGCAUCGAGGAGCGUUCAGCGAGCAUUGCUCCAGGCUCGGCAGCAUCCGCUGCUGCUUCCGAGGGGGAGAAGGUUUACGGAGGAUGUGAGGGUCCGGAUGCCAUGUACGUUAAGCUGGUCUCCUCAGACGGCCAUGAGUUCAUCGUGAAGAGGGAGCAUGCACUGACAUCCGGCACGAUCAAGGCUAUGCUCAGCGGCCCAGGACAGUUUGCGGAGAAUGAGGCCAAUGAAGUGAACUUCAGGGAGAUUCCAUCCCACGUGCUCCAGAAAGUCUGCAUGUACUUUACAUACAAGGUGCGCUACACCAACUCCUCUACCGAGAUCCCCGAGUUCCCUAUCGCUCCUGAAAUCGCUCUGGAACUGCUCAUGGCGGCUAACUUCCUCGACUGCUGAACUGGUAACAUCACAGUGGCGAAGCGGUGAAAUACUAGGUGCCAAGAUGCUAAUAGUUUGCAACAUACAAUAAGUGGUAAACUCUC